AUGGCGACUCCGCAAGUUCUUUGUUUCGACGCUGACGGUAGACCACUUGACUUUUCCGUCUGGCUUCUUCGCGCUCGCCGUCUGUUAGAGAGUCAGGUCCAGGGGGGCGAGACCCUCUGGUCGCACGCUACUGGUGACCUCCCCGAGCCCCCCGAGCCUACAGCUUUAGGCUCUGCCCCUGACGACGCUGCUACGGCUCGCUUUGCCCGUCAGCGCGCUGACCGGACGGCUUGGACGUCGCGUGACGUUGCGGCCUGCAUCGCACUCAGCAGCCUCCUCCCUGAGUCAGAGGAGGUCCACUUUACUCAGGUUCGCACCGCUGCUGCGUACCUCACUGCGAUUAAGGCCCGCUACUCUACUCCCGCUACUGUCUCUCUUGGCCGUCUUUUCCUCCCGUUCCUGUUUCCUGAUCUCGCCUCGUUUGAGCGCUCUGCUGACUUGAUCGCUCACCUCCGCUCGCUCGACGCUAGUUACCGCGCUGCUUGCACUGAGGCACAGCUUGCACUGCUUCCUCCCCCCAUGGCGAUUACUGUCUAUUUCAUCGCCACUAGCCUCCCUGACCGCCUAGCCUCCGUUCUUGACGCGCUUCUGCUGAAGCACCCUAGUGAGCUGACUAUCGAGGUCCUUGAGUCUGCACUCAAGGACGUCGAGAGCAACCUUCGCUCGGUAGCUGCCGCCUCUGGUACUGUGUCCCCCCCACUCUUCCACGGGUGCACAGUCCCGCAGUUACCCACCUUCACUGCCUCUCUCGCCACUGCCGCUACUGACGCGACUGCGGCUGCUGUUACGACUGCGUCGCGGUCCCGCGGCAAGGGGGGCAAGAAAGGUAGUUCUGGUGGAGGUGGAGGUGGAGGUAGCGGAGGUAGUGGGGGUGCUGUUGCGACUGGCGGUGGUGGGAGUGCAGCGUCUGGAGAGACCCCUCGUGCAGCGGCUGGUGACUCCACUGCGCCUGCUGGUGGCGGCGACCCCCGAGCUCGUCAGUCGCUUCCUUCACUGCACGUCACACUACCACUUUACCGUGUCCUGCUGCUCCCUCCGGGUCCUGCUGCUCCCUCCGGGUCUCUCACUGGGUUUCACGUCCCCUCGUUCUCCCGGAACUUGGUGGGCGUGCGACCCCUCGUGAGUCAGCACGUGGGUGUGUGGUUUGAGCCUUCUGGAGAGACUGCGGUUCCUACGUCUGCUCCAGUCGCUGCGUCGUGCUCCUGCCGGUCGCUUGCCCACCCCACCGUUCUGUGGCACCACCGGAUGGGGCACCCGUCCCUUCCUCGUCUGCGCGCUAUGUCAAGUCAGCGUCUUGUCCUAGGCCUCCCACGUGUCUUGCCGUCGCUGCCGCCUUCGCUUGCGCCGCCGUGUGGUCCCUGCGUCGAGGGUCGGCUGCGCGCCGCCCCUCACUCCUCCUCCCUUCGUCCGGCCACCGAGCCUUUUGAGACGCUUCACUUGGACGUCUGGGGCCCCGCCCCUCGUCUAGGCCCUGAGCGUGAGCGUUACUUUCUGGUGGUCGUUGACGACUUCUCCCGCUACACCACAGUGUUCCCUCUGGCGAAGAAGUCUGAGGUGACUUCUACGCUGAUCAGGUGGUUGCUCACCACCGAGGACACUCGUGGCCGUCGUGUCAGCUGCCUCCACUCCGACCGUGGGGGUGAGUUUCGCUCCGGCAUUCUCGCUGGAUUCUGUCGCGAGCAGGGCAUUCGUCAGUCCUGGACGCUUCCAGAGUCCCCACAGCAGAAUGGGGUUGCUGAGCGCCGCAUAGGCCUGGUCAUGGAGAUCGCCCGCACCAGCUGA